AUGAAAGCACCUUCGUGGUAUGACGAUGCGCCCGAGCCGUCAGAGACUGGAGCAACAGCGCUAUCGAGCUGGGAUGAUUCCGACUUUUCCAAUCCAGAUCUGGUCGAAACUAGUUAUGACCCCACUAUCCUGCGCAGAAGUCUGGUUUCUGGAUCUGCUGACGAGAUUAUGCUUAAAGACGACACCAACGAGGAAGUACAGGAUGCACAACAACGAUUGCAGGGGCUGUAUCUCAUGAUCACAGUUAUUGCCCUAGCAUUGAUCCUUUUUGCGGCUCGACCUCAACUCUUCUGCAACACCAUCCUUUGCCUGCUCUUCUUUAUGCCAUACCCAGACUUUGCAAAACAUGCGAGAUGGUGCAUCCUCGUUCCGCUAAUGCUCUAUGACACGUCCAGCAGCAAGCUCGAAAGUGCUCUGAUGCUCUGUCUGCUGACUACUAUGAGCUGGAUCGACUGGUCUUAUGCGUGGGAAAUGGUGUGCAGAUCUUUUGGCUGGGUUUGA